ACGACGAACGACGUGAUACGCCGCGUUGCGCGUAUUUCUGCGCGAUUUUUUUACAUUGCGCGAGCCAAGUUGAGGUGGACUCGUUCAUAAAAUGUCGCGAAAUCGUGCGUCGAUUUUGAUCGUCGGUUUACGUUUCGCCCCUUAGAUACUCACGCGCUACCCAUCUUUUCCGCGCGUGCUACUCUCUGCUCUGUCCGCUAAAGCCCCGCUCCAAUCUCCUUUCCCGCCGCGUUCGACCUUCUUCUCUUUCUCCAUUUAACCCUCUCGCUCCCUCCUAUCCCUUUCCUUCUCCCCCUAUCGUAUAUACCACCCAUGUUCCAUUCUUUCUAGUUCUCUACGCGUUACGGCGUGAACUACUACUGAAUUCGCGCGACAACGCGGCGUCGCGAAUUACCAGAAUAGUGAGUGCGAAUAAAUCGCGUCGUCGACAACGGUAGCGGAGGCGCAAGGAGAAAAUAUGCCGCCUUCGCUAAGCGCAAUGAAAUCAUGUGGUCGCGCUCGGCUCCGGAGGAGGCAGUGACAUUUCAAAUGCACACGUUCCGGAACGAUACACAUAGCCCGGAACGCUGCCGCCGCCGCCUUCCUCCUUCCGCCUUCCUCCGUUGAAAUGAUCGAAUCGACGGACGGACCCGUCAUCGUGGCGCAUGUAGCGUGGACCACUAUUGGCGAAAAUGGAAAAACAUCAGAGAUGAAGACGAAGCUUCAUCACUGUGUGUGAUCCGAUUUUGCGACUUGUACAUAUAUUUGUACACACGUGCGAGCGAGUGACAAAUCGAGGGUUACGAGUUCGCGAUAUUAGUGAGUAGUAGGCUAGAUGCGCUUGAGAUUGAGCCGGAGGAAGAACGAGAGGAAGAAAUCCGAACACGGUGGCGACCUAUGGACGAUGCGCGAAGAUCAUUAAAUCGACGGGCGUCGAGCCGGUACGUCGUUGGUCCCUGGUCCCUGGUUCGACAAUCGAUCGCCAAUCAGACGAAAUUAUCGCGAGGAAAAGGGGUUUACGCAGGCUACGUGCUGAUAACAACGAGAAAGGGGGAGAUAGAAAGGAAUUCGAGAAAUAAUUGUUGAGAACUGUUGAAAUAAUGUUCCUGCGCAUUGACGACAGGCUACUAUGCUUUGGGAUACUGUUUCUAUUAUGGAUAGGCUCGAGUUGUCAGCAGGAGGAGGACAUACCCCACAAUGAACUUGUGCAUUGUCGGACAUCGAUGAUGCAUGAGGAGCCUAAAAGACAAAAAUGCAAGAAAGGAGGGAUGAUGGAAAAAGUGAAGGAGUGGUGGCGCGGUAGAUGUGCGAGCGAUCGGACGGAUGGGGUGCAUAAAGCUCGACGAACAAAACUCGAUAAGGAGUAGAAGGAGUGCGAGGGCAAAGGCAACCAGGUAGAUGAAGGCGAGAACGAGCAUGCGGUAAUAGGGUGGGGAAAUAAAGGAGCGCACAAGGGAGGAAAGGAGGGCGAGUAAAAAAUAGUGUUAGCGAGAGCGGUGGGAGGGGGAGAGAAGACGAGAAACGUCGAGGAUAUGAGCAAUGUUAGAAGAAAGGCGAAUAUGCAGGAUUGAAGGGAAGAUAGCAAAAUGAGAGAAGUAAAAGAAGGGAUAUAAACGGAAAAAUCUAAAAGAAAGAUGCAUUGGACUCUGGAGAAAGAAUAAGAAAUACGAAGAAAUAGAG